AUGCUCUCCACUCGUGUCGCCCGCGCCGGCCUGCGUGCCACCACCCAGCAGUUCUCCGUUCCUCGCACUGCCGCUCUCAACGGUCUUAGAGCCUAUGCCACCUCGGCCCAGGACGUUAAGCCCCCUGUGUCUCUGUUUGGUGUUGAUGGCACCUAUGCCACUGCCCUGUAUACUGCUUCGGCCAAGUCUGCUGCGCUCGAGCAGACUUCCAAGGCGCUCGCCAACCUCGGUGCGACCCUGAAGGCCGACCGCAAGCUCCCCGGUAUUAUCUCCUCGCCUACACUCUCCAUCAGCGACAAGAGUCAGAUUGUCCAGGAACUGCAGAAGAUCUCCGGUGACAAGGGUGAUGUUGUCAAGAAUUUCCUGCAGACCUUGGCUGAGAACAACCGCCUGGGACUUUUGGAGGGUAUUUGCGAGAAGUUCGAGACUCUCAUGGGUGCUCACCGCGGUGAGAUCGAGUUGAACAUCACCAGUGCUCAGGAACUCGACAACAAGGCCAUCGCUCGUGUUGAGAGGGCCGUUGCCAAGUCUGUUCUCAGCCAGGGCAAGAAGCUGAAGGUUAUUACCAAGGUCAACCCCGACAUCAUUGGUGGCCUCGUUGUCGAAAUCGGUGACCGCACCAUUGAUGUCAGCGUUUCGUCCAGGAUCGCCAAGCUCAACAAGGCCCUCACCGACGCUUUGUAA